AUGCCAUCGAAGGGGUAUACAUCAGGUUUGAUAAAAACCACGGAGGGUGAACCAAUACUAACCGAGGAGGAAUUCAAUAUGGCCAACCAGCUGCGUGAUUUGCGAUUGCAAUAUACCGACAAAUGGACUGAGUGGCAGAAGCAACGGGAUGUGGUUCACUAUUGCAAACAUGUACUCGAGUUGAGUCGUGCUCGACUUGUUCAGGAAUUCGAUACAUGGUAUAAUGGAUGCUUUAUCGAUCAGCCCACGAAUCAAUCGAUCGAGCGAUUCGCAGGCAUUAAUCUUAGUUCGGACAUGAUCGAUCUUGUGCCCACAAUGCAACCGAAUUCGUCCGGGGACGAACUGUGUACCGAUCGGGNUGCUGUGGCCCAAUUCCAGCUCACACAACGUUUUGUUUUUUCUAAACAGCCCGAGGCAGGUGUUUACGAGCGCGCGAAAGAAUCGGUCAUUCAUAGGCUCAAAAAAGGAAAUGCCUACGGAAACCAACCACCCCAGACGGAAUUGCUCGGUUGGAGAUUUGGGAUUUUUGAGGCUACCUGA